CAAAGAGAAAAGAGAAAGUGCAAACAACAAACUGCAGUGUAAACACACGAGUAGAAAACGUGUUAAUUAUUGGUCAACAUGAUGUUACCAACUCUUUCCCCUCCUCAGCUUUCCAAGAGGUCUCUCUGUUUCUGGUUAACUCCUUCACUUGAAGAACUGAAUCAGCUUCAGUACUCAGGAAGUUGAUCAGAGUCGUCGGUUGUGAUCAGAAGCCACAACUUGAUAAAUCUCAGGGUUUUCUCUGAAUUUUCUAAUACAUGCAAGAAUUGGAGAGUUUUCCAUUGGAAAUAUGGGUGGAGGAAUUCGCACAAGCGUGAAGGGGUACCUCCUUUCGCAGCGGAUCACUACGGCUUCAGACACAGUGCAUGCAAACGAGAGCACCAAUAGAAAUUUCACUGCACCCCAAGCUGCUGAUUCAGAACAAGAGACGAGCACGGACUUGGAUUCAUCUAACUCAUAUUGGCUCAGUAGGUUUAGUGGUAGCAUUCCUUGCUUGCCGAUAUUGGGCUCUGCUUCAAAGAGCAGGGUUUCAAAUAGAACUAGAAUCAGAGCUGAGAGUCUGCCUCACAGAGUGCCUUCAACUCCUAGGACAGAGGUUGAGAUCUUGCUAAAGAGCUUCUUUUUUAAUGAACUGAAAACCGCCACCAGCAACUUUCGGCCUGAUAAUGUGGUGGGUGAGGGUGGUUUUGGUACCGUCUUUAAGGGGUGGCUUGAUCAGAAUUCAUUAGCAGCUGCCAAGCCUGGUACAGGAAUUGCUGUUGCUGUAAAGAGGCUUAACCAAGAACGUCAUCAGGGUCGGGAGGAAUGGUUUACAGAAAUUUACUACCUUGGACAGCUGCGUCACCCAAAUCUUGUGAAGUUGAUAGGCUAUUGUUCAGAGGAUAAUGAACUGCUUCUGGUGUAUGAAUUUAUGCCCCGUGGCAGUUUGGAGAAUCAUAUAUUUAGAAGGAGUUCUCACUUUCAACCACUUUCGUGGACUGUUCGUAUGAAGAUUGCUCUUGGUGCUGCAAAGGCUCUAGCAUUUCUUCACAAUGAAGCAAAAGUUAUACAUCGUGACUUUAAAACAUCUAAUAUCCUGUUGGAUUCAACCUACAAUGUUAAAAUCUCUGAUUUUGGUUUGGCUGUGGAUGCACGAGCAUUUGACAGACACCGAGGUGCUAAAACAAGGGUCAAGGGCACAUAUGGAUAUGCAGCUCCUGAGUAUAUAGAAACAAGGGUCAUGGGCACAUAUGGAUAUGCAGCUCCUGAGUAUGUAGCUACAGGUCGUUUGACCACCAAAUGUGAUGUGUAUGGUUUUGGAGCUGUUAUGCUCGAAAUGAUUUCCGGAAAACGAGUUUUUGACCGGAACCGGCCACCCGGGGAACAGAACUUAGUUGAAUGGGCCAAACCUUACCUUUUCAGCAAACACAGAGUCCUCCAAAUUUUUGAUCAUCAUAUCAAAGGCCAGUUUUCUGUGGCCAGAGCUCUUAAAGCAGUUGACCUUGCAUUUCUUUGCCUAUCAAGAGAUCCCAAGCUUAGGCCAAACAUGAAUAAUGUAGUAAAAAUAUUGGAGAAGCUUCAGGAAUACAGUGAUAUGGAUGGCUUGGGGAUCUCUCAAAAUAAACGACGCCAAAUCCGCAUGUCAGUUCAAUCAAUGGUCCCAAAUACUGCAGGAGAAGUAGCAUUGGAACCAGCAAUUCAACAUCCUUGAGUUUUUCAUUGUAUCAAAGGAAAGUAGUUGGGAUAUAAUUAUAUAUUGAAAUUCAUAUGUUGUAAUGAGUAUGUACAGCGACACUUUAUUGUAGAGAUUUUAGUUUCGUGAA